AUGAGCAGCCCCCGUCACUUUCGUCGCUCUCGGAUGGAGCGCGCCAGCAGCGCUGACAUGACCUCCUCCUCCUCCUCGUCGUCACUCUUUCGGCGCUUCCAGGGCAAGAAAAGCACCAGCAAGAUGUCGCCCGAGUCGCUCGCCGCUUCGCAGCCACCUCCGCGGCAUUCGCACCGCCGGAUGCUCUCCAGAGACCGCAAGCGUCCCAUGAUGAUUUACUACUCCAGUAACCCCGCUAAUAUUGUCAACGUUGACGAUUCCAAGCUCAAUUUAACCGUCCGCUGCACCGAUGCCGCUGUGUUCACGGAUGGCGAAAUGUCCGAAGACGAUUGCGACGAUCGAUUCGACGGCGAUUCGAAAUUGCCAGACUUUGCCGCCAGUAUGGGCCCGAGGGACACGAUGGCCCGUAGUCGCGGACCGGGGCGCGCGCUCAUGCGCAUGUCCCAAACCUUUAGUCGCGCCUCGGAGAGGAUCGACCCCCACUCCAACGGAGAAGGACGUCACCGCCGCGCAGCGAGGCAAAGUGCCAAGUACGACGUGGCCUGGCGACAGGACAACGAGAGUGAAUGCUGCCAAGUGUGCUUCGCUAUGUUCACGAAACUUUCCCGGCGUCGCCACCACUGUCGCGUAUGUGGCGAACUGGUGUGCGGCGCCUGUUCGCAAGACCAGGUCUCCCUUACCGAUAAGUUUUCCACUCCGCGCCGUGCCUGUGUUGCCUGUUGCAGCUUGUUGCAAGCUAUGGCACGAUCUGGCGACGACCGUGUCAAAGUCGUCGAGUCCGACAUGGCAACGGCAACUACAACCAAGCGUCACCACAAAUCGGCACCUGCGCCUUCAACUUGCCACUCGCCCGUCAGUGCCUCAAUGCCUGCACCCGCGGCAACUCCUCGCUACCGUGACCGACUCACAGAAGUGCACCGAGUCAUGGCAGCCGGCAAAUUGUCACGUCGUCGUGGCAGCUCUGAAAAGAAAAUGUAUGUGAUUUCCAGUCGCUGGCUGCGCAGCUGGCUGGCGUUCACUUCGUCCGCUUCGAGCUCCAACUCGAGUCGCAAGUUGGACUACGGAUUUGACACGGAAACGUCAAUCUCGUCCCCUACCAACGAUGAUGUGGCCAGCAUGGGGCGCGCCCCCGGUCCAAUCGACAAUUUGUCACUGUUGGAACUGGCGCGUGGCAAGCUGAUCCGUCGUCCCGGUCUCAUCCGUGACGAGGUUCUUGCCGGUGAUGCGGCAAGUGCCGGUGAAGAUGCGGACUUCCAAUUGUUGUCGCCAGAAGUUUGGGAAGUUUUCCAACGCUUGUACGGCGGAGCACCUGCCAUUUAUGUCAACUUGACCAGUGCCGACCCGACGGCUUGGAUCGUUGACGUAUCGGGCUUGCUAGCUGCUGGCACGAACGACAAUGGCACAAAAGUGCCGGUGCUUCCGGCGGUGGAACGUGCGUUGACAAGCCGACACCACAGUGAAAAUGGUUUAAUCGACCCACGCGGUGCCCGAACUCCAACCGAUCCGGCGUGGACAGCUACUAGCAGCAGCAGCAGCAGCUCAUUGAGCGAAGACAAAGACCGUGUUCGCAGUCCCACGGGGAGUGGGAAGAUGCAACUCGAAGACUUGGAGUCGGACGUCGCAGCCUUGUCGAUCGGAGUGAACAAGACCCCGACCGAUGGUGAAGAUGAUAUGAGGGCCACGACCUCAGCGCGUAGCCCUACAGCUGCUUUUGCAGCGUCGGCGUUCGCUGUCGCCAUGAAGCAGGCGAGAUUGAACGCCCAGAAGGCCAUUGAUGAUCGCGCCUCGCGGGUCAUCGCGGCCUAAACAACUUCCUGUGCUACUCCACAGCAACAGAAGCAGUAUUAAAACACAGCGCCUAUCAGGAGACAGCUCUACACGACAAGUAGGCUAGAAUACCGUGAUCGGCGCACUUUUUAUCUAUAAACACGACAUGCAUGAAAUAAAAACGAAGGUUUCUAGUGC